CUUAAAACAAAUAGUUUUACUUUAAGCAUUUUGAUCAAAUAUAAUGGAAGGCAAAAUGAAGGAAGCACCGGCGAUCGGUAUAGACCUCGGAACAACAUACUCGUGUGUCGCAGUAUGGAACCGUAACCGAAUAGAAAUCAUACCAAAUGAUCAAGGCAACCGGACCACCCCAUCUUGUGUUGCUUUCGUUGAUGCAGAACGUCUCAUCGGUGAUGGUGCUAAGAACCAAGUGGCCAUGAGGCCUGCUAGCACAAUAUUUGAUGCAAAGAGACUAAUUGGAAGGAAAUUUAGCGAUGUAAAGGUACAGGCUGACAUGAAGUUGUGGCCUUUUAAGGUCAUAGAAGGACCGGAUGACACACCAAAAAUUGUUGUCACCUACAAAGGUGAGGAGAAAGAGUUUUUGGCAGAAGAAAUUUCAUCAAUGAUUCUUGGAAAGAUGAAAGAAAUUGCCGAGGCGUACCUUGGAAAAGUUGUAAAGAACGCCGUGAUCACUGUCCCGGCUUACUUUAAUGACUCGCAACGUCAAGCUACAAAGGAUGCAGGUCUUAUUGCAGGUUUAAACGUUAUCCGCAUGAUCAAUGAGCCCACAGCAGCUGCAAUCGCGUAUGGUCUAGACAAUAAGUCCGAUAUAAAUGGCAAGAUAAAUGUGCUCAUCUUUGAUUUAGGUGGAGGUACUUUUGAUGUAUCUUUAUCGACUAUUGAAGAAGGGGGUAUUUUUGAGGUGAAGGCGGUUUCUGGUGACACUCAUUUGGGAGGUGAAGAUUUUGAUAGCCGGAUGGUGAAUCAUUGUGUUUAUGAAUUCAAUAGGAAAUGGAAAAAGGACUUGUCUGGGAACCAAAGAGCGUUAGGGAGGUUGAGAUCUGCGUGUGAGAAAGCGAAAAGGAUUCUCUCAAGCACAACUCAGACCUCAAUCGAGUUGGAUUGCUUGCACGAGGGAAUUGACUUUUCUAUGAGAUUCACUCGAGCUAAAUUUGAAGAGCUCAACAUGAGUUUGUUUGAUGAAUGCAUCAAGACUCUGGAGACAUGUUUGAGUGACGCAAAGAUGGAAAAGUCGUGGGUAGAUGAGAUUAUUCUUGUGGGUGGGUCGACUAGGAUACCUAAGGUUCAAAAUAUGUUGCGCGAAUUUUUUGAUUGGAAGGAGCUUUCCAAGAGUGUGAACCCUGAUGAGGCGGUUGCAUACGGUGCAGCUGUUAUGGCUUCAAAGUUAAGUGAUGACGGCGAUAAGAGUUUCCAAGAUGUGAUGUUACUUGAUGUCACUCCUUUGUCACUUGGCGUCGAUCUCAAAGGAGAUGAGUUCAGUGUUGUGAUACCACGAAACACUCGGAUACCAACAAAGCAAGAAAAAGAAUAUGUAACAACUAUUGAUAACCAAGCUUCAACAAUGAUCAAGGUGUAUCAAGGUGAAAGAACUAGAGCUUCACAAAACCAUUUGUUGGGAGAGUUUAGAUUUUCUGGAAUCCCACUGGCUCCUAAAGGCGGUAUAAGAUUUAGAGACAGCUUUGAAAUCGAUGAAAACGGCAUCCUAACUGUCACGUCGAAGAUAAUAUCAACAGGUAAGACGGAGAAACUCACGAUUAGCAAAGCGAAUGGAAGACUUUCCAAGGAAGCGAUUGAAAAGAUGGUCAAAGACGCGGACAAGUACAAACUUGAGGACCAAGAAUUCAAGAAGAAAGUGGAUGCAUACAAUGCAUUAGAGGAUUGCUUAUACAACAUGAAGAUAAAGUUCAAGGAACAAGAUGGCAAGAAGAAGGUGCCCAUUUCGAGCUUGAAGAAAAUUGAGAAGGCCAUUGCGGACACAACUAAGUGGCUCGAAGAGAACCAAGGUGCACCUGUUGUCGAGCUUAAAGCCAAGAAGGUAUUUCUGGAGUUUGUUUGCAAGCCCCUAAUCUAGCGUUCUUAAUUAAAUUAUGGUGGCUAAACUUUGAGAUUAUUCAAAUGUGUGUAUAUAAUGUCUUGGUUUGACUUAUUUUAUAUGAAAAAAGUUUGUGAAUGGAAGUAUCGUGAUAUUUAUUGUGAGUGGACUAA